AGUGAAGUGUGACGCAAGUGCUAGUAGUCGGGCGAUUCACAGCCAGCAUUGCGCCUAAAAUGUCGUCGUAAGCGAAUGCGAAAGGGAAAAUAGACGUAGCGGAUUUCUUUUCCAACGCAAGAUAUUGUUAUAACACUGCACCCAACGUCCAAGUGCCACGUGAUUGGUUUGCAGUUUUGGUCAUACGAUGGUGCGGGCCUUGUGGGCGGUGUUACGGGCGGUGACUUUCCAAGGAGCAGCCGCGUUGAAAACAAACGCACCUGCAGGCUACGCAGGCGCUUAUCGACCUCAGACCGGGUCGUUUCGCCGACUGGUCACUGGGUGCUCCCGGUCUUUAUCCAGUGACGUGAGGCGCCAACAGUGUUCGGCCAAAAUGCCUAAGAUAACGACAGACCACCUGGAUGCGAAGCAGGUGCAGUUGCUGGCCGAGAUGUGCAUCCUCAUCGAUGAAAAUGACCAACGGAUUGGCGCAGACACAAAGAAAAACUGCCACCUAAACACCAACAUAGAGAAAGGUUUAUUACACAGAGCGUUUAGCGUCUUCAUUUUUAACAGUGAAGAGAAACUGCUGUUACAGCAGCGCUCCGAUGCCAAAAUCACUUUUCCCGGAUGUUUCACCAACACAUGCUGCAGUCACCCAUUAUACACCGACAGUGAGCUGGAGGAGAAAGACGCCAUUGGAGUGAGAAGAGCUGCGCAGAGGAGACUCGAAGCAGAACUGGGUAUCCCCAUAGAACAGGUGACUCCUGAUGAAAUGGCGUAUCUAACAAGGAUCCAUUAUAAAGCGCAGUCAGAUGGCGAUUGGGGAGAACAUGAGAUUGAUUACAUCCUCUUUAUGCAGAAGGAUGUGGAGUUGAGCCCGGACCCCAACGAAAUUAAAAGUCACUGUUAUGUGAGCAAAGAAGAGCUACGGCAAAUGCUGGAGAAGGCUAAACGUAAAGAACUGGAGAUCACUCCGUGGUUUCAGCUAAUCGCAGAGACCUUCCUCUUCAAAUGGUGGGACAAUUUGCAGAAUCUAAAACAAUUCAUGGAUCACACCAACAUUCACCGCAUGUAAUCACUACUACCAUCGGAUUGGUAUCGCUCUGUCAUUUCAGACUUUUGGUUGUUCUGGUCUAGCCCGAACCAGCUCAUGUGUUAGUUAUCAUGUGAGGUUCACAGGAAGUAUGUCUCUCAAAGAUGCUUUGUAUGCACAGUGGUGGAGAGGUGAACCUGUAGAAAUUGAACAGUUAUUUAACACUUAUUUUUAUAUGGUAAAUAAAAUCUUGUAUCUGCUUGACUACACGUAAUUAAAUAUAGUACACUACGUACAUAUUUUUGCAAAGAACUGAACCUUACACUGCACACAAGUUUCUUUUGUGGACUUUCACAUUAAAGUGGUGUGACUUCUUGCAGAAGAGACUGUUUUCCCUUUGGUCUUACUAAUAAAUAAAUACUAAAUUGUC